GUGAACUGCAAAGUGUGCAUUGCAGUUCGACUCGUCCUAUGUGCGUGCAUGGGCGGCAUCACUGGAGGCGAACGCGGACGAGGUUGCGCAGAGCAUUCACUCGUCGUGGACUGCCUUCAUCGGGCGCGUCCAAGAGAGCCGGCGCUACGUGGUCGAGGAGGAGACGACACGCAACGCGCGGCAGGACGACACAGACAUGGACACCAGCUCCAUUCCGCAGCGCAUCUACGUCUACACGCGCAUCCUGCGCCGCUACGAGGAGCUCGCCAACCACGACUGGCAGGUAACAUAUCGUUCGACGAUAGCCGUCCUGGAUCAGGCGCUCAGCGACGGCGCAGUCGGGGCAUCGGGUGCUUCACUGUCGGCGGUUCCGGUGGCACACACGAAAGUCAUGGUCAUCGUCACCAAGAUCUGGGAGGAGGUCAUGGUCGAGAUACGCCAGGCCUUCAAGGAAUGUCGCGAGAAGUUUGAAGAGGCCAUCCUCGUCGACCACGGGCCCUGAGUCACUCGCUUCAUACAUCACGUUGGCGUCACCUCAUCCACCACUGAGUAAUAAAAACUGAGCUAACGUUUA